AUGAGACCCACAGAGCAUGCAUUCAUUCCCUCUGUUCCUUCUGUCUCCCUUUCCAAGGUGGAUGCCCAGCUGCAGGUUGUACGGAAGCUGGAGGAGAAGGAACACUUACUGCAGAACAGUAUUGGAACAGGAGAGAAGGAAUUGGGUCUGCGAACACAGGCCCUGGAAAUGAACAAACGCAAGGCUAUGGAUGCAGCGCAGCUUGCAGAUGAUCUGAAGGCCCAGCUAGAGCUGGCUCAGAAGAAGUUACAUGAUUUUCAGGAGGAGAUUGUGGAAAACAGAGUAACUAGAGAGAAAGAGAUGUUCAACUUCAAAAGGGCUGAGGAAGAUAUUUCUAGGUUGCGCAGGAAGCUGGAGACCACAAAGAAGCCUGACAUGGUUCCCAAUUGUGAUGAGAUCCUGAUGGAGGAAAUCAAGGAUUACAAGGCCCGCCUGACAUGCCCGUGCUGCAACAUGCGUAAGAAGGACGCGGUGCUCACCAAGUGCUUCCACGUCUUCUGCUUCGAGUGCGUGAAGACGCGCUAUGACACCCGGCAGCGCAAGUGCCCCAAGUGCAACGCUGCCUUUGGGGCCAAUGACUUCCACAGGAUCUACAUUGGCUGAGGCUCUCACAGAGCCUCUGCUUGUGUGAGCUGCCUCCCUCCCUCUGUCAGCUUCUGCCACCUGAGCUGUAGUGUCUUCUGGAGGUGCGUUCAGGGUCUCAAAAGAAAUGCACUCUGGAUCUUGCUUCCUUUCUUGGCCCUGUCCCUUUGGUCUUGCCCUCAGUUUUUGUGUGCUCUUUGUGCCUGGGAGGAAAUUUCCUAUCUGUCACUUUGAUACUGCCGGGGUGGGAAUCUGCAACUGAGGUGCUGCCUUGGUGGGAUGGAAGCUGAGCUGCAGCAGAGAUUAGUGAGAGUUUUAUGUGAGGGCUCUGCUUUGGAUGCUAAUUAAAUCCUAUCAAGGGAUGGCUCUGCACCUGGGAGGGAAGAGUUUCCCAAGUAGCAGACCAAAUAGAAGCCAAGGAACUGAAUCUGUAGACUGAGCAGAGCAGCUCCUUGUGUACCUGUGUAUCUUCCUGAGUCAGGGCAAGAACUCCUGAGGGCUGGUGCACUAGGAAACAUCCUCCCUAGCCUCUAACAAACACAUCUAAAUAUGUAGAAGAGGAGAAAGGGAGAGAUCUUGGAGACCCUUAGAAAACAGCAUGUCACUGGUGAGCUCUGGUUAAUGUAUUUAACCUUCCCCUAGGCUGAGGCAUUGCUGCCAUUGUCCUCAGAAAAGGACUUCUAGCAGCUCCUUUGCUUCAACUGUACCACAAAUAUUAAUCUUGUUAUGCACACGUUCUUAUUAAAGCUGUUGUUUGGCUUAUUUUUCUGUUUCUCUUGCCUCUGGUACUAUCUGUCUGUUCUCCCAUCCCUUGUCCAGUUCUUGGAAACAUUUCUCACAAGCUUGAAACUUCUAGAGUAGAGACAAUUAAUUCCUUCUUCCUCUGCUUUCAAAAUAUGCUCAACUAGAACAACUUUUGUCUCUUUGGCUCUAUCCCCGGUACCUUAUUCCUGACACAACAGGAGGGCCAGGAUUCUGCAUUAUUUCUGCAGUCAUUUUGCCAUGGCUGCUGGAAAUUUUGGUAGGGAUGUGGUGUGGCUUAGAAUCUCAGUGCUCCCUGUACUUGGAGGCUGCAUUUGAAGUCUGCUCCUAAAAUCAAAAUGGGAAGUUGUUGCCUUUCCACAUUUCUUCCUAGGGUGUAGUGUUUUCUCCAUAAACUUAAUGUGCAUGGAAAGUGCACCUGUCAGAGGCUUGUCUCUUGGGUGUCCAUCCCAUGAAGCAUGGAAUCUCUGGCCUUCCUCCAUCCCCUCCCUGCAGAACAUAACAGAUCUCAGAUGUUAGAUGUUACAUGGUGGCUAACAGAUGGCCUGGAGGCCUCGAAUUUAUAGAUAACUAAUUAGAACUCGAUGGGUCUAGACUAGGAGAAAAACAUCCUUAGUGGAAAAGCGUUGUAAAGCUUGGAGAUUUAAAUUCGAUCAAUGCCAGCCAACCCCCAGCAGGCAUGGAGGUAGGCAGCUAUGGGCCAGUGAACUGGGUAGUAACCAAAUUCAGCCAAUUGGAAUCACCCAUACAGGUUUUUGAAAACCAUAUAAAAAGGAACUUCACUCAAUAAAAAUUUGCUGUUGCCACAUGAA